AUGGAAGACGAUCAUAUGAGCUCCCCACCAUCCGGAGGGAGAAAUCCGUCGAUUCCCGUUAACACCAACGGCCAAGUUGGCAGUAAUUCGGAUUAUGCACACAGGCAGCAUCCCGUGCAACAGCAGCAGCACGGAAAUCCGAUUAUUCGCCCGUCCUUGCUUCCAUCACACGUUCCGGGAACCCAACCUCACUUUCAUCAGCAGCAGCAACAACAACAAUUCCCGCAGUACCAAACUGAUCCGAUGCUUCUGCAGAUUCUGCAGCAGAUGCAACAGUUUAUAAUGCAUCAACAGGAACGUCAUUUUGCAAACCUGCCUCAGGAUCAUGGUCCUCCGUUAGCACCUAAUCCGGAGCAAAUAUUAGAAUCACUGAGCACGAAUAUUAAUGAAUUCCGCUAUGACCCGGAAAGUGGGGUAACGUUCGGUGCUUGGUAUUCGCGUUAUGAUAGUUUGUUUUCGGAAGAUGCAGCUCGUCUUAAUGAUGAUGCUAAAGUGCGGUUGUUGUUACGUAAACUCGGUCCAGCUGAGCAUGAGCGUUACUUAAAUUUUAUCCUGCCAGCUGUUCCGAAAGAAAUUAAGUUUGCCGAUACAGUGUCCAAACUAAAGAGUUUGUUCGGAACGGUGGAGUCACUAAUCUGCCGCCGUUACCGGUGUUUGCAAGUGACAAAGCAGCCUUCGGAAGAUUAUAAGGCUUACGCUUGUCGCUUAAAUCGGCUAUGUGUUGAAUUCGAGUUGGGGAAACUAAGCGAAGACGAAUUCAAGUGUUUAAUGUUCGUGUGUGGGUUGAAGUCGGAUAGUGACGGGGAAAUCCGCACUCGUUUAUUAAGCCGCAUAGAAGAUAACAGUUUAGUGAAGUUGGAGCAAAUCUCUACCGAGUGUCAGAAAUUGAUGUCGAUCAAGCACGACACCGCGAUGAUUGCCACCCCGUCAGUGUCAGCAAGGGUGGUGCAUCGUAAACAAACUUUUAGCAAGUGGUCUGAGAAGCACAAGAAAAACAACCCGGAAGGAGAAGUUAAUAGAAAUAGUUACAAAAACCAAAACAAAAACAAUAAAAGUGGACCAUUUUCUCCUUGCUGGUGUUGUGGUGCUAUGCACUAUGCGAAAGAUUGCACAUACCGCAACCAUCGGUGCAAAGUUUGCGGUGGGUUUGGACACAAAGACGGUUAUUGUGCAAGUGCUAAAAAGACUACAAGUGAAAAUAAAAGAAAACCGCAAUCGGCUGCAACGAAAUCAGUGCAAGUUAAAAGUGUUAAACAAGAAAGGAAAUAUGUAACAGUGCAACUAUUGGGAACUCCAGUGAAGCUGCAGUUAGAUACGGCGUCGGAUAUAAGCGUCAUUUCCGAGAAAACCUGGGUGAAAAUCGGAAGGCCUAUGACUUCGCCGGCAUUAGUAAAGGCAUCCACAGCAUCUGGACAGCCUCUCAAACUUCAAGCUGAAUGCACUUGUGACAUUUCAAUCAAUGGAGUGUGUCGCAGUGCCAGGUUUUUCAUUGUGAAGCAACCAUUACACCUAAUGGGAAUUGACCUCAUCAACCUGUUCAACCUGUGGUCAAUUCCGAUGAAUCAAUUCUGCAAUCAACUCACAUCGUCCGGUGAUGUCGGAAGUGCCAUCAAGGCCGCAUUUCCGGAAGUUUUCUCGGACACUCCUGGGCUGUGUACGAAAGCGAAGGUUAAGUUGACUCUCAAAGAUGGACAGUCACCUGUGUUUCGCCCCAAAAGACCUGUUGCUUACGCGAUGUACAGUGCAGUGGAUGAAGAGCUUGAUCGACUGGAGCACGCCAACAUCAUCACACCAGUCGAGUACUCGGCAUGGGCCGCACCGAUCGUGGUUGUCCGCAAAGCCAGUGGUGCCAUCAGAAUUUGUGGAGAUUACUCUACAGGUCUGAACAACGCUCUCCAAGCUAACCAGUACCCUUUGCCUCUUCCGCAGGACAUAUUCGCCAAGCUUUCGAAUUGUGUGAUCUUCAGCAAGUUGGAUUUGUCCGACGCAUUCCUGCAAGUCGAAGUUGAUGAAUCUUCCCGAGAGUUGUUAACCAUCAAUACUCAUCGGGGGCUGUAUCGCUACAAUCGACUAUCGCCGGGGGUGAAAGCAGCACCUGGCGCCUUCCAACAGCUAGUCGAUACCAUCCUGGCUGGCCUUAAAAACACUUUGGGGUACUUGGACGACGUUUUGAUCGGCGGAUCAAACGAGGAGGAGCAUAACCGUAAUCUUACAGCAGCCUUGAAACGUUUUCAAGAGUACGGUUUCACCAUCAAAGCCGAAAAGUGUUCCUUUGGUUCGCAGCAGAUAAAGUAUCUGGGGCACCUGAUCGACAGACACGGGUUGCGCCCGGAUCCAGCAAAAAUCGACGUCAUCCGCAACCUUCCGCCUCCUACAGAUGUGACCGGUGUUCGAUCCUUCCUAGGAGCGAUCAAUUAUUAUGGCCGUUUUGAUCCAGCCAUGCGAACACUGCGUUACCCACUGGAUGAGCUGCUGAAAGGCAACAAGCAGUUCAACUGGUCAACCUACCCGGAUUUGCCGAUCGUUGUUUCGGCAGAUGCUUCAUCGGUUGGUGUCGGUGCUACGAUAAGCCACAAGUUUCCGGACGGUUCGGUGAAGGUCAUUCAACACGCAUCUAGGGCUCUCACUGCAGCCGAACAAGCAUAUGGGCAACCCGACCGUGAAGGUUUAGCGCUUGUUUUCGCCUGCACAAAAUUUCACAAAAUGCUGUACGGUAGAAGUUUCACCCUUCAAACAGAUCACGCUCCUCUGUUACGCAUCUUCGGAUCCAAGAAGGGGAUACCCACCUACACUGCCAACCGCUUGCAACGAUGGGCGUUGCAGCUACUGCUGUACAAUUUCCAAAUCGAGUAUAUCAGCACAGACAAAUUUGGAAAUGCCGAUGUGUUGUCGCGGUUAAUUAACAACCACAUCAAGCCCGACGAAGACUAUAUUAUUGCCAGUGUCAACCUAGAAGAGGAUUUAGGAUCAGUAGCACUCAACUCCGCUAAACAAGUCCCUCUUAAUUUCAAGGCAGUUCAAGGUGCUACUCAGACCGAUCCGGUCCUUGGUGAAGUUUUCCGUUUCAUCCAAAAUGGUUGGCCGAAGUCUCGAAAAGUGAUUCCCGAUCAAGAGGUUCAACGUUUCUUCGACCGCCAAGAUUCCUUGUCCAUCGUCCAAGGAUGUAUUAUGUUCGCUGAGCGUAUUGCAGUACCGUCCAAAUUCCGGAACCAAUGCCUUCAACAGAUGCACAAAGGCCAUCCCGGAAUCCAGCGCAUGAAGGCAAUAGCGCGAAGUUUUGUGUAUUGGCCAUCUUUGGAUGCAGACAUCGUCAAGUUUGUUAGCUCCUGUAGACCGUGCGCUAUGGUAGCCAAAAGCCCACCGCUUUCACCACCACAGCCGUGGCCCAAGCCGGAGAAACCGUGGCAGCGUGUGCAUGUUGAUUAUGCGGGGCCUAUAGAAGGAGACUAUUUUUUGUUGCUCGUUGACUCUUUUUCGAAGUGGGUGGAAAUAUACAAAACCAGUCGCACCACAUCAGCGGCUACCAUCGGCAUUCUACGAGGCAUUUUUGCUCGCUUCGGAAUGCCAAUAACCCUGGUCAGCGAUAACGGUUCGCAAUUCACCAGUACCGAAUUUGCAGCCUUUUGUGUAGAAAACGCUAUUGAGCAUUUAACCACAGUACCCUAUCACCCACAAUCAAACGGGCAAGUUGAGCGUUUUGUAGACACUUUUAAACGCUCCUUGCGAAAAAUUAGAGAAGGGAAGGGAACGAUCCAAGAAGCUCUAGAUACAUUUUUAUUAACGUACCGAACAACUCCUAAUCCUGUUACCGGUAGAUCACCAGCUGAUUUAAUUUUUGGACGACCAAUCCGCACUUGUUUAGAGCUACUUCGACCACCGCCGAGGCCAAACGUUGAAGAAAGACAUUCGGAAGGCAACAUGAGAUUCUUCAAACAGCAUGACACAGUGUACGUUCAAAUUCAUUCCAACAACACUUGGAGAUGGGCAGACGGAGUUGUACUUGAGCGUGUUGGCCGAGCCAUGUACAAUAUUUGGAUCGAAGAUUCCCGAAUGUGCCGAGCACACGUGAACCAAAUGAGAAGCCGAUCGAUCAUACCAGAUGUACCAGUGAGUUCGAGUAACCAUAUACUACCGUUGGACAUACUUUUGAAGGAGCAUAAUUUGUGUCUACCGUCCGCUUCACCCAAAACGAAUUCACCAUCUAUGAUUUGUGGUUCGCCGAAUGUUUCGAAUCCUGGUGCACCUUCCCAUCAUUCUACACCUGUGCAAACGUCGCAUCCCGAAGAGAAAGUAGUAUCGUCUCGUAACGAUGCUUCUGCGCUGUCAGCAUCAGUACCAUCGUCGUUGUCUCCGCCCUCAAUCACCACUACAAGGAACUCGUCCGGUUUCCGGACGGCAACAGAAAAUCUAUCAGCUGUGCAACAGCCACGCCGAUCUUCGCGGGUUCGAAGAGCGCCGCAGUGGUUCGAUCCGUACCAGAUAUAUUAA